AUCGCCAUGGUUUUGGCACUCAUGAUCACGAUUCCCCUGCUGGUCCAAACUUCCAAGACCGAUGCUCACUACGAGAUGAUGGGCACCUGUCGGAUGAUCUGCGACCCAUACCAAUCCAAGCCGAGCGCCACGGCUCUGGGAGUCAUGCAAGAUCUGAGCGCGGUGCCGUCUCCGACCCUUGAUCACGGGACUAAGGGCUUGCCGGGUCGGCCAGGGAAACCCGGUCCGAGAGGGCCGCCAGGCAAACCGGGGCCACCAGGUCCAAGAGGGCGACCGGGUAAUAAAGGAGAUUCUGGAAAGACGGGGUAUCCUAGUGUAGCGGGCACAGCGCGGACCGAAACCGGCGGAGAGUUAGGCUCUGCUACCGGCGGGGUAAAGAUGGCGUUUUAUGUGGGUCUGAAAAACCCUCACGAGGGAUACGAAGUGUUACGGUUCGACGACGUUGUCACGAACCUGGGGAAUCACUACGACCCAACAACUGGCAAGUUCACAUGCCAAGUGUCUGGGAUGUACUACUUCACCUACCAUGUGCUGAUGCGCGGAGGAGACGGGACGAGCAUGUGGGCAGACUUGUGCAAAAACGGACAGGUCCGAGCCAGCGCCAUAGCGCAGGACGCCGACCAGAACUACGACUACGCCACCAACAGCGUCGUCCUGCAUCUGGACUCCGGGGAUGAGAUUUAUGUCAAACUGGAUGGCGGCAAGGCGCACGGCGGUAACAACAACAAAUACAGCACGUUUUCCGGCUUCCUUUUGUACCCGGACUAAAAUGAGAUACUGGCACUACUCCCUCCUAGAACUGCCAGGACUAAUGUAAACCUCAGCUUAAUCUAAUCAACACUGUUUGUCAGACCAACAGGAGGAUGCCACCGUGCAGCCAGCCACAAUAUCAUAUUCAGUAUUAAAACUUUUCUCAUGCGAGACUAAAAACUCUAUAUAAUUCAAUAAAAAAAAA